CGCCCCUCGGCUCGGCCUCCGGUAUCCCGGGAGCCUCCGCGGCCGCUGGAGGAAGCGGGUCGUCAUGGCGUUCUGCGCGCCGGGUGCUUACCUGACCCACCAGCAGAAGGUGUUGCGGCUUUACAAGCGGGCGCUGCGCCACCUGGAAUCGUAUUGCGUCCACAGGGACAAGUACCGGUACUUUGCCUGUUUGAUGAGAGCCCGGUUUGAAGAACAUAAGAAUGAGAAGGACAUGGUGAAGGCCACCCAGCUGCUGAGGGCCGCAGAGGAAGAAUUCUGGAACAAUCAGCAUCCCCAACCUUACAUCUUCCCUGAUUCUCCAGGAGGGACCUCCUAUGAGAGAUACGAGUGUUACAAGGUGCCCGAAUGGUGCUUAGAUGACUGGCACCCGUCCGAGAAGGCAAUGUAUCCUGAUUACUUCGCCAAGAGAGAGCAGUGGAAGAAGCUGCGGAUGGAAAGCUGGGAGCGGGAGGUUAAGCAGCUGCAGGAGGAAACCCCAGCUGGUGGUCCCAGCACUGAAGCUUUGCCCCCGGCCCGGAAGGAAGGUGAUCUGCCCCCACUGUGGUGGCACAUUGUGACCAGGCCCCGGGAACGGCCCAUGUAGAGGGAGAGGGAGACGGCUCACCAGCCAGUCGUACGUGCAAGUGAAAUAAGUUACAGAACAUAGACACACUUGCCCUAAUAAAAGUAAUAACUCAACACGG